GAAAACCUCGAUUGCUUGAUUCCGUAAGCCGAAAGCAUCGGAAAAAUACGGCCCAUCAUGAUACGUUCCAGCACGUUUAUUACUCGAUUGCCCUUGCGCGGGAUUGCGGCAGCCACGUUAAACAGCAGUGGGGGUCUGUUGCAAUCCUCGCCCAGUUUAGCAGCACUGCAAACAACACAAGUUCGUUACCGAUCUACACCGAUCAACACGGUGAUAAUGUUUGUGCCCCAACAAGAGGCAUGGAUCGUUGAGAGGAUGGGAAAAUUCCACCGCAUGCUCGAGCCAGGACUGAAUGUGCUUCUGCCCAUCGUAGAUCGUGUCAAAUAUGUACAAAGUCUGAAGGAAAUAGCAAUAGACGUUCCCAAGCAAUCGGCUAUCACCUCCGAUAACGUAACGCUCAGUAUCGAUGGCGUGUUAUAUCUGCGCAUUCUCGAUCCCUACCUAGCCUCGUACGGUGUAGAAGAUCCGGAGUUUGCCAUUACACAGCUCGCGCAAACAACUAUGCGAUCCGAGUUGGGUAAGAUGUCACUCGAUAAGGUAUUCAGGGAGCGAGAAUCGCUCAACAUUAGUAUCGUAGAAUCGAUCAAUAAGGCCAGCGAAGCUUGGGGUAUCUCCUGUCUUCGGUACGAAAUCCGCGACAUUAAGCUGCCGACACGAGUACAUGAGGCCAUGCAGAUGCAGGUAGAGGCGGAACGAAGGAAACGUGCCGCAAUUCUUGAGUCCGAAGGUACCAGAGCGGCAGAAAUUAAUGUAGCUGAGGGCAAGCGACAGUCACGGAUUCUCGCCUCAGAGGCACAAAAACAGGAAGAAAUCAAUAGAGCUAAUGGUGAGGCCGCUGCAAUUAUGGCAUUGGCGACCGCCCGUGCAAAAAGUCUCAAAAUAGUGGCGGAAUCGCUUUCUAACGAGCAUGGACGUAGUGCGGCUUCCUUGAGCGUGGCGGAGAAGUACGUGGUGGCGUUUGAAAAGCUGGCCAAACAGAACAACACCCUAAUCGUGCCGUCGACCGCUUCCGAUGUGACCUCCAUGGUAGCUCAAGCAAUGCAAAUCUACACCAAUCUCUCGAAUUCAUCAUCACUUGCUCGAAGCUCUUCGGAGCAUGCAAAUGUGGACGACAGGCAGAGAGGGGAUACAACCGAUACCAUUUUAAAGCUCGAUACACUGCCACCACUGGACAGUCUAGGAGAUAACACGGGGAGCUCUCCACGUUCGGGAUCAUCGGCUUAAUAAAAGUAACACUUCCUAAACCUGCAGACGCGUAAAUUCAUGUUGCUAGAGAAAGAGGCACGCUCAUUUACUUAGCAGGAAAAAGAAUGCAAUUGUAUCCUUUGAUGCAAUCCUCUGCAACUUUGUAAUGCCGUCAGUUUAGUACCGCGCUUAGGUCAAAUGUCCGAAAGAGGAAACGUGUAAAAGAAGACAACAUGCCUUCGAAAUGCAUGCUACAAUCCAUGAGUCGGUUAUUGUAACUGUAAAUAAAGUUCUCGUACGCUAGCGCGAGUA